AUGGCGUCCGAGCGCCCUGACAAGAAGGAGAAGAAGGAGAAGAAGCGCUCCGACGCCGACGGUGUGGCCAAGGUCAAGAAGGACAAGAAGGACAAGAAGGAGAAGAAGGAGAAGCUCGAGCGCGCCCUGGACGAGCACAUCCAGGCCGAUGCCGCCGCCGCCGCCGCGCCCGUCGUCGAGACUGACGGCGCCGUCAAAAAGGUCGGCCCCAUCAUCCCCGGCGCCACGGUGCCCUUCGCCGUGCCGCUGGCCGACGACAAGGCCAUGAAGAAGAUCAUGAAGACGAUCCGCAAGUCCGCCAAGAACAACACCCUCAAGCGCGGCGUCAAGGAGGUCGUUAAGACGCUCCGCAAGUCCCCGGCCGCCGCCCCCGGUCGCACCUCCUUCCCCGGUGUUCUCAUCAUCGCCGCCGACAUCUCGCCCAUGGACGUCAUCGCCCACCUCCCCGUGCUCUGCGAGGACCACAACGUGCCCUACAUCUUCGUGCCCUCCCGCGCCGAGCUCGGCGCCGCCGCCAAGACGAAGCGCCCGACCUCCGUCGUCAUGGUCAUGGAGACGGCGUCCGCCGCCGGCGCCAAGAAGGCCGAGAAGAAGGAGAAGGACGACGAGGACGAUGGUGAGGACUUUAAGGAGUCGUACGACGCGCUUGUCAAGCUUGUGCAGAAGGAGACGGCGAGGCAGGCUUUCUGGGCAUGA